AUGGCAUCCUCUCGGGUAGCGGAGAUUUUUCAGGGGGACUUUGAUGACAUCGAAGCAACAAGUGUCUCCAUCAGCGAUGUGAAACAUCUCUCUUCAUAUAAUUGGAUCAAGGCGCGAACUCCAAUCAUUGCUGUGCCAGGCACUCCAGCUCGUUGGUCUCCCCCGAAAGGCCCUCAGCAAGUCAAAAUGGACUCUGGGUUAUACUUCAUUGCCGAGAACGCCGUUCGUCAUCCGAAAAGUCCCUUGGAACCUUUGUUUCGGGCACUCUACCUCGAAAAUCCUUCCUUUGAUAUUCGUUCAAUUGAUGUUGUCGCCGACCGGAACACUAUCAGACAGCUACUUUCGUUCAUAAAUCCUGGUCUGGAUAAAAGUCAAAGCUUCACGAUUCAUGUUGAAGUAGUCAAGAAUACGGUGAUUCUCUGUCGUGUGGGCAAACCAAAACUUCAAUUCAUCAAGCCUGGCAUGCCCAGUGGUUUCGGACACAAUUUUGAGAAAAGGUACACGGCUCAUCGAGUAAAGGGUAGCAGCAGUCACUACAGAAUCAUCUCUUAUAACUUCGGGGCUCUGAAAUUCCUAAUCCGUCAUGAGACAGACGGAUACGUUGCGGUUAAUACAGCUGGGUCUUCGACAGCUGUCAGCCAAUCAACAUAUGAUGGCCUUUCAAGCAAGAUGAAAUCAGUAUCUUUAUCUCAGCCCAACGUCUCUCUUCAUACCACUCCUGCAGGACUAUCGAUCAGAAAAGACGGCAAAGCAGUGCCAUUAGCUUCAACCCUUGAGAUAAAAACACGAACCAUCAAAAGAGUUCUUGCAAUGAAAGAUGUCGCAGCGCAAUUGUGGAUUUCACAAACUCCCAAACUUGUGCGAGCCUACCAUGCUGAAGGGAACUUCCAGCCGCCCAAGGUCGAGGAUGUGGCAGCUGCCGUAAAGAGCUGGGAAGACCUUCAUCAAGUUGAUUUGAGAAAGCUAGCUGCAUUAAUCCAUAAGGUCAUCGAAGUUACAAAGGGCUGUGGUGGGGCUGCCACAAUCGAAAGACGGGGCCGAGGCACGAAGUUGACCAUUGACAGGGCAAAUAGAGAGAGAAUGCUACCUAUGGAUCUGUAUUCUAAGUGGGAUGAAGAGAAGCAAGAGCUGGAACCGGAAAAGAGCUAG